AUGUCCGCCUUCAUUCGUGUCGCCCGUAGCGUUCGCGCUGCUCCCAUUCGACCUGCUGUCCAGCCCCUGGUUGCCCGCUCGGCCGUUGCCCACUUCACCACCUCGAUUCCCCGACGAAGCGAGCACGCCGAGGAGACCUUUGAGGAGUUCUCUGCCAGGUUCGAGAAGGAGUUUGAUGGUGUUCAAGACGUUUUCGAGCUUCAGCGCAACCUCAACAACGCCUUCGCUUACGAUCUCGUCCCUGCCCCCUCGGUGAUCGCUGCCGCCCUUAAAGCCGCCCGAAGGGUUAACGACUUCGGCACUGCCGUCCGCAUCUUCGAAGGUAUCAAGACCAAGGUUGAGAACAAGGGCCAGUACGAACAGUACCUUGAGGAGCUCAAGCCCCUUCGAGAAGAGCUUGGUGUGUUGCUCAAGGAGGAGCUGUACCCUGAGGAAAAGUAG